CUCGUACCACGGGGACGGAGCCGCGAAAUCGCCGUCGACGCUCAUUCGGUGGAUGAUAACCUGAAACCCCGCCGAGUCCCUAUCUGCGGGCGCUCUAUCUACGACGAGAUAAGUUUAAGGUUAUAUUUACAUCCGCAGGGGCAGCGCGCGGUGAGAGAGAGGGCGAGAGAGAGAGAGAGAGAGGCGGCCGAUAGCGGGCGAGCUUUGGAAAUCGGAGCCAUGGACUCGCUGCGCGUGUUUCGCGAAUUCAAGCUGGACACCCUGGACGACGGCUGGGUGAAGUCGGUCUGGGACGCCGAGUUCGUCGGCUGCGACGAGCCGCCCGACGAGUGGCUCGAGUACCUCGAGAGCCAGGACGCGCGGCUGCUGCUGCACGAGUCCCGCCACGUCCUGAAGGUAUGUCUCGCCUCGCACGAGGCUGCCGGCGCGGAGGAGCGUCCCGAGUUCUCGUGGCAGACGCUGAUGAUCCUCGGCGUCAACGUGCGCGGUCUGCUCGCCAUGCUGGGUUACAUAAUAAAGGCGGGCCAACAGGCAGACACCGACGAGGACUCCAGGCGGGCCUGCCUGGAGGCCACGAGUCUGUACCUCACGCUCCUCGCCGUUCCCGGCAGCAACGCCUUCGGGGUCUACCAUCCGAACCUGUACCAGCGGGCGAUCGAGACGCUCAAGCUGUCCGAGGACCUGUUCGUACGCGCCGAGAGCAGCAGGGAGACGGACGCGACGGUGGGCUGCAGCGACGAACUGUCGUCGGACCGUUACGGCUCGUCGCACGCCGACAGGUCGCACCUCGCGAGAGCGCUGAGCGGCGUCAUUUCCGACCUCGUCGCGAUGCUGAGGUCGUUUCGCUUUAAGGAGCACGCCGUGUCGCGGAGCGUCACGAUACGCGCGCUGCUGGACGUGACGAGGCUGGAGAUGCACAAGUCCCGCGGCAACUUCGGAUCGGCCCUGCAGCGGAGCGCGUUCGCGGCGCUGCACGAGCUGUGCAGCAGCAACCACGGGUCCGUCGCGGUGACGGUGAUGCUGAUAGCGGAGUACAUGCUGCCCGACAUGCUGUUCCAUCACGCGAACGCGCAGCCGCGCACGGUCACCGUCGUGCACGAGGCGGGCGUGCACUUCCUCAAGAACCUGCUCAGGGUCCACGAGAAGGAGACCGUGCAGGCGAUCAGGACUCUGAUACAGCAGCUGAUGUCGAGGUGCCCGGAGAGGCUGGAGGGCCGCCAGAGGCAGGCGGCCGUCAUAGUAAGACUGUUGAACAUAUGCGAGAUAGACGUGGUCGUGGGCCUCCUCGGAGACCUGAUAUCGUUCUCGCACAACGUCAAGAUAUUGUGCCGAUUAUUCGCGCAGGAGAUCGCGGCCAGGCUCCUGACGGAGUCCCCUCUGCGGGGCGACAGCCUGGACGGGGACGUCAGGCUGAAGCUGAGGAAGAUCUUGUUGGCGAUCGUGUUGUCCCGCUGCGAGGACCAUUCCGCGCUGGUGAGGGGCAGGGCCAUGGCGACGCUCGCCGCGUUCUCCGACUGCAACGACAAGGCCGACAGGGGCAUUCUCAGGGGCAUGUUCAAGGCGCCGGCCGCGGACAAGGCGUUCCUCGGGCCGGGCGAGCUGAGGGACGCGCUGACGGGGGACGUGGACCCGCUGCCGGGGUCGGGCGCCCUCGUCGCGAUGCUGCUGGACCGGGUCAACGAGGAGCGGGCGCUGGUGCGGCGGAGCGCGCUCAAGAUCUCGCAGAACCUCUGCACCAUGUUCCCGUCGCUCGUCGGCAAGCUGACGCACGCGAUGAGCGACCGUUGCCGGGAUCCCGCCGUGACCGUGCGCCAGUACGCCGUGCAAGUCCUGUCGGAGAUCCUGCAGCAGUUCCCCGACGACCCCGGCCUCGUCGACGAGUGGAUACAGGCGGUUCUGCCGCAGAUAUACGACGUCGAGGUGAAGAUGCAGGAGAAGGUGCUCGAGUGCCUGGGGUGCGUGCUGAUAAACCGAAUAACCAACGCCGCCGCGUACGUCCCGGACGCGGCGGGCAGCCUGCCGUGGCGAGUCCUGGACCGGCUGAGCAGAAUGAGAAUGAGGAAACACCUGUCCAAGGCCUGCGGCCUGUGGGUGGGGAACGGCUCGCUCACCAAAUCUGUGAUAUCGAAGGUGCAAUCCCACGUCGGCACGGACAACACCGUGGGCGCGUGGAUACUGAUGGCCGCGCUGGCCGAGAACACGAGGAUCCCGAACAUAGCGAGUUACGUCACGGAUUACAAGGAGGUCGUCCGGAAGAACGACUUCCACGCGAGUUUGGUCCUGGACGUUUUGAGGCACGCCUGGCCCGCCUUGGACCGCAAUCACCUCAAGGAUCUCCAUCGGCAUCUCUACGAGUGUGUCUGCCACUUCGAGGUCCACUUCAACCUGAUCAGCGUCUGCCUGGACAUCCUCGGCGGCGUGUCGCAGCACCUGCACGCCGACGACAGCGGCCGCUCGGUGGAGUCGGACAUGGUGGAGCUGAUGAAGCUGUCGGAGGCGGAGAUUCGGGACUUGCUGGAGGCGCGCGAGGACCGCGCGCGAGACAAGGUGAAGAUCAGGGCUGUGUUUACGCUGGGCCACGCAUCGCUCUUGUGCACCAGAAAGAUCUCGUUGUCGACGCUGCGAGUGCUCGAGAGGCUGCUGUCGCAAUGGGACUCGCUGCCGAGCGCGGUCAAGGAGGUGCAGGACCUGCAGGCGUUCGCGGUUGUCUUCCUCUGCCAGCAGGCGCUGAGAGACUUCCGUGUGGCGAAGGAGGUGACGCCGUUACUCGGCAGCUUGAUGCGCCAGGAGACGCACGACCCCAGCUUGCGGACGAGAACCGCCGUCAAGAUAAACGCCGCGAAAGCGCUGGCCGACAUCUGCGUGAGAUUCACCGCCCUGGUGGAGCCGUACCUGCCGGAUCUGUGCGUCAGUAUGAAGGACCCGAAUCCGGCCGUGAGGGAGGCCAUAGUGGUGAUAUUCGUUCAGCUGCUGCUGGAGGACUUCAUCAAGAUGAAGGGCGCGUUUUUCUUUCACAUACUGACGAUGCUGUCGGACGCGGAGAAGACGAUACGCGAGCUGACGGUCUUCCUGGUGGAGGAGCGGCUCCUGGUGAAGAACAAGAACUUGAUCUCCCGGCGUUUCGUGGACAGCAUAUACCACUACAACAACUGCCGCUAUCGGGACGCGUUCUGCGGGCACAGAAUGCGCGAGCAGGAGAAGAAGCUGCUGACGCUGCCUGGAUGGGUGAAUCAGGGCAAGCGCCACGUCAUCUACGAGUUUAUGCUCCAACACGUGGACGUGUCCGCGAGGUCCGAGCUGGUCGUCAAGUUGACCAGGUAUAUACUUUGCGAGAUAUGCAACGAGAACUCGAUCGACGUCACCACCGAGGAGGGUGCGUGCGUCUUGAGGGACGCGAUGUUCAUACUCGGUCACAAUCGUCUACAGCCGUCGUCCCUCGGCGAACGACACCGGGACGACACGCAGGAGCUCAACGAGGCGAGCCCGACUCCCUCGGGCACGCCUAGCAACAACGCCUCGAACGUGGCUAUCGCGGCGAUGAAGAAAUAUAAUUUAAAUAAUUUAUUGCCCACGUUAAUCGCGCUCAAGAAGAAGCUCCUCGCGUUGAAGUCCCCGUUGAAGGACGACGCGGAAGGUCUGUUAUUCAAGAUUUACUCGGAAUACGAGAAAGAACACCUGGCCGACUUGCUAGACGAAUAUCCUAAAUUGGAGAGAGAAAUGGAUCGUUACCAACGGAGGCUGAAAGACAAAAUUAAUUCGGAAAGUGAUAACGUUGAAAGCGUCAAAUCGUCGCCCCGUGUAAGGCAUAAGGAUUUGCUAGUGAAAAAGUGUGAGCAAAUGAUACCCCGAGUUAUACUUCAUCGUAUUUCAAGCUUAACGCCACAUUACGAGAGCAAUGAAUCGGCAGAUCCCGAUAAUUGCCCGCAAAUCACGUCGUCGUACGACGCGUUAAUCAAAGACCCGUCGGUGCAUCCGGAAAGAUCACUGCUGAUUCAAACGCCACCUCCAGAGCCGAGUCUCGUUACCAGCACUCCUAUUUCGACGCGAAAUCUAAAUUCCAGCGAUUCCCCCGUUCGAGAAGCACGCAUAGAAAGCCCCUCGAACGCGCGAGAAACAUCACAGGAUAUUUCCCGACAUGAAAUUCUUAGGGACAGCGUUAACUAAAAAUUAUUUUCGAACGACGACAGAUUUGUUAAGUUAUACAAUAGUUUAAAUUUUAUCUGAGUUUAUUCUCACGGACGUAUAUAACUGUAAUUUAAAUUUUCUUUUGAGUUCAAAGUCGUGAUAAUCUUGACAAUUUCGUUUUAUUAUUAUCUUGAUAAUUUAAAAUCUUGUCUUGUCUUGAAGUUCGAGACAAGACCAAGACAAAUAUCGAGACUAGUCCUGGCAACUCGUGCAAUUCCCCUAUUUGGGGAUUGUUUUAAAUUUGUUUAAAAUAAUAUUCACGGGAAUUGUCCAUGAAAUCUACGUACAAAUUU